AUGAACUCCGAAGAGCAGUAUUACGCCUCCGGAGGCGGCGGCGGCGGCACCGGCCACCCGCUCUACAAGGAUCCCUGCGCCUUCCAGAGAUCGCAGCCUCCGGAUUACAACUCCAGCCCCCCAGCCUGCCUGUACAUGGGGCGGCAGCAGCAGCAGCAGCAGGCGUCUCCUUACGCCGGGGUUUUGGGGGGCUUGGAUCAAGGCAGCCCGCCGGACAUUUCCCCCUACGAAGUGCCCCCCCUCUCCGAGGGCAUCCCGCACCUCCACCCCCUUCCCCCGCACCAUCCGGCUCAGCUCUCUCUACCGCAGCAGGAGAACCUGCCCUUCGGAGAAGGGAGCGAGGCCGGGCUGCUGGAGCAACCCAGAGCGCCGCUGCCCUUCCCUUGGAUGAAGUCGACCAAGUCUCACGCGUGGAAGGGACAGUGGGCCGGUGGCUCCUACCUGGUGGAACCCGAGGAGAACAAGCGGACCCGGACGGCUUACACGAGGGCGCAGCUGCUGGAGCUGGAGAAGGAGUUCCUCUUCAACAAGUACAUCUCCAGGCCGCGCCGGGUGGAGCUGGCUGUCAUGCUGAACUUGACCGAGAGGCACAUCAAGAUCUGGUUCCAGAACCGGAGGAUGAAGUGGAAGAAGGAGGAGGAUAAGAAGCGAGGGGCAGGAGGCGGCGGGGGCAGCCAGGAGCCUGAGCAGGACUCCGCCGUGUCCUCAGGAGAAUUACCCGGCAAGGAGGAAGGGCAAGAGGGCGAGUCCCCCGUCGCCAAGCUGCUGCUCCCCGUCAGCCCCACCGUCUCCCCCUGUCGGCCUCCGGAGACUCGGUGA